GAAAAAUAAAGACGGCUUCAAGCAGAGAGCGCCUCGGGCGGGGAGGGAAAAGCGGUUGUCAACUCGCUCGCUCUGCAUCAGGGCUGCAGCCUGACAGUACUGGCUGGGAGCAGAGGCGAAAGCCUGUUUUCAUCAAGGUCAUGCUAAAUUUUGGAGCGUCUCCUUUCCAGCCCACCGAAGAAGGAAUAAUGACUAAAAAGAAGCACAUUGGGAAGUGUUCCUGGAGUAAUACCACUGGAAAGAGUGAUUUUGAAGCUGUAGAAGCUCUAAUGUCCAUGAGCUGCAGUUGGAAAUCAGAUUUUAAGAAGUAUGUUGAACUGAGACCAAUAACACCAGCAUCAGAUACUUCUGAAGAACUGGAGGACAAUCUGCUACCUCCUGCUGACUUCCAUGCAAUAUCAGCCCUUUGUUUGACUCCACCCUACAGUCCUUCUGACCUUGAAACAGCUCAGGCAAUCCAUCUAGCAACACCAGCACCAUCUACUGUACAGAGCAAGUCAUUUACCGACACUUCUGAGCAAGGCUUUGCAGCAUCUCUUAAAGAAACUGAAAAGGUUUCAGCACCAAGAAUGCCAAAAGCUCAGGCAACAAGUGUUAUUCGCCACACAGCUGAUGCUCAGCUUUGCAAUCACAGAACCUGUCCAGCAAGGACAACAAGUAUUUUGAAGUAUCGGGAAGAUAAUGUAAGGGAAGCAAGUCAACAAGCCAAUGCAAAAACAAAACAAAAUUCAUCAUGUGAGGACGUGUCACUGACUACUGCAGUUUCUGAAGAUAAGCUGCCAGGCAUGCAAGAAAAAGUGCUAACUGUUAGUCCGACACCUUUCACACAGGCCACACUUGGCACCCCUCUGCCUGUUCCCAGAUCAGAAGAGCAGCCUAAACUGGCAGUUCCUCCAUCUUCUGUGCAAGCAGGGGGAGUCCCUUCUGUGCCAGUGGUUUGCCAAAUGGUUCCCCUGUCUGCUAACAACUCUGUUGUGACAGCAGUGGUACCCAACACUCCCUGUAGUCAGUUACCAACAAACUUUUGUCAGCCUGUGGUGCUCAUGGGAGCCCAAGUUCCCAAAGGAGCUGUCAUGUUUGUUGUGCCACAGACUGUUGUUCAGAAUCCAAAGGCUCCAGUGAUCAGUCCUAAUGGCACCAGACUUUCGCCCAUUGCUCCUGCUCCAGGUUUUGCUCCUGUUGCAACAAAGAUCACUCCAUCCGUUGACUCUUUAAGAAUAAGAAGUCAUGUCUGUAAUUAUCCAGGAUGUGGAAAAACAUACUUCAAGAGUUCCCAUUUGAAGGCUCAUGUUAGAACGCACACAGGAGAGAAGCCAUUCAGCUGCAGUUGGAAAGGCUGUGAGAGGAGAUUUGCACGUUCGGAUGAACUGUCUCGCCAUCGUAGAACACACACAGGAGAGAAAAAAUUUGCCUGCAUAACAUGUAAUCGGCGAUUCAUGAGGAGUGACCAUUUAACCAAACAUGCACGUCGCCACUUAUCGGCCAAGAAGCUACCAAACUGGCAGAUGGAAGUGAGCAAGCUAAAUGAUAUCAUUAAACUACCUGCUUCUGCACCUGCACAGUAAAAGCACACAAUCUCAACAUACUGUUAACUACUGUCACUGUGAUUAGAAUGUCAACAGUGAUGUGAAAUGGCUUGCAAAGUCUGUUCCAGCUUCAGAUGACACUAGAGCAGACAGGCAAUAGCUGUUUGUAUUCCUGAGUGUAUCAGUGACCUAUAGAACAUCAGGUUUCUAUUGUACCUGGGGAAAGGCGGAAGGGAAGUAUCAAAAUCAGUGCAAGGACAAGAUUUAAACAUGUGGAAAACUAUUCAUAUGUACUAUGGAUCAGCCAGGUAUGAGCCAGAAAGCUAGGCAGGUGUGAAGGCUUUGGAAUCUCUUUACAGGCAUUGUAAACAAAAUCCAACUUAUGGUACAAAAUCAGGGAUAAAUGUCAGUUAGACUACUAAAUAAUAUUUGGUUUUCUAUUUGAGACCUAUUUCUGAAUGAUUGGGGAAACCUGGUCAUCAAGAAUCUCUUGAGAUCAGUUCUGUUUAUCUCCAAUCCCUUAAAAUAUCAAGUGUAGUUUAUUAUAGCAAUUCAAAACAACUGUAAAGUGUAUAAUUGAAUAAGAGAUACCAUAUGGUUGGAAUAUUCUAACUUGCAAGCCUAAUCUAUUUUUACUACUUCUGAAAACAUCGUGAUUAGUACUAUUACCUGUACUUCAGCAACUUUUGGUGUUCCUGCUUUUAAGUUGCUUAUUAUUUCACUUACACCUUUAAUAUUCUAUACUGCUGACUUUUCAAAACCUGGAUACAGUGCACUUUGUUUAAAAUAUAAUGUAAAGAGUCAACUAUGAGGCUUUUUUCAGGAGGAAGGACAAGAGUAUGCAAUGCUACUUUCUGAAAAGUUACUCUGGAAGAUAGUUCAUAAUACAGAUAUACAGGGCCUUUAUACAUUAAGGGUACAGUUUAAGCUAUAUUUAAAUCAGAAAAUGAGGGGAUGUGUUAGGAACAAUUAAAGUUAAAACAUCAACGCUAAGUAUGUACACCAUGAUUUUCUUAUCAUUAUUCUGUUACAUCUUCUGCUGUAUUGGUGAAAAGAGAACUUCUGGGGAUGGUGUAAUAUCUGUUGGUUUUUUUUUUUUUUUGGACUACUUAAAAUUUUGCACAAUAUUUCUUACAAUGUACUUUAUACCUUGUUUACAAUAAAUACCAUUUUUCUUGA